UCGCUCGUUCUUCCGCUCCGUUUGCAAGCCAGCUUUCUUUUGGAGCCUUUCUGCCUGUAGAGAGAGAAUUUGCUGUAAGUUGCAAGUUGUCGAUACCAGAUGAGGAAGAGCUGCAACGGAUGUCGAAUCCUGCGGAAGGCCUGCACCGACGGGUGCACCAUCCGGCCCUGCCUGCAGUGGAUCAAGAACCCCGAGGCGCAGGCCAACGCCACCGCCUUCCUCGCCAAGUUCUACGGCCGCGCCGGACUCGUCAACCUCAUCAACGCCGGCACCGAACACCUCCGCCCUGCCAUAUUCCGGUCGCUGUUGUUCGAGGCUUGUGGGCGGAUCGUUAACCCGGUAUAUGGCUCGGUGGGUUUGCUUUGGUCCGGCAGCUGGCAGCUGUGCCAGGCGGCCGUCGAGGCGGUGCUCAAGGGGGCGCCCAUCAUCCAGAUCUCGUCCGACUCCGCCGCUGGCGCUAUUCCGGCGUUCAAGGCCCACGACAUCCGCCAUGUGUCCAAGAACCUCAGCGCCGGUGGCGUCCCCGGGGACCUCCACGAGGUAGCCCGCAAGUCACGGACCCGAUUCAAGCGCUCGGCCGGAAGUCCAGCUGCGCUGGUCGUCUCGAAGCCGGGGCUCUUCCGACGGGCGGCGAGACAAGAAACGGAGGAGGAGGCUAGCCGCGAGGACGGGAGCGCGUUCUCGGCGGAGGGAUCGCACGUGAUCCUGGGGGAGCCGGAGGGCGUACGGCUGGACCUGAGGCUUGGCCUGGAGCCGGAGAACCGGACCGGGGAAAGAGGAGCGGAGGCGAAAGUGCGGGGCGCGUCGCCGUCGGACGCGCGACCGGUGGGGCCGAGGCUCAGCUUAGCGGCAUGACCCGUGGAAGUGUGGUUGCGGUCGGACCUUCCAUUCUCUUACUCUCGGGGCCCGCAGCGGCAUGCGAGUGGGUGGACCGGAAGUAACCUCAGUUCGACGCUUAGCAGGGUUUAAUUUUGUUUUAACCUCCCUCCCUCAUAAAAUGUGUAGCGUCCGCCGCCGCCGUCUAUUUCGAUGCGGUGUGGAUGGGGCUAUAAUGUAGUCUGGCAUCA